AUGGCAGAGACCACACCACCUGCAUCACACGCCACUGCCCCCUUUGACAUCGUGUCCAAAUACCACUCCCUACUCUCCGCCGAUCCGGACCUGACUCCUCCCAUUGCCGCAAUCGAAUCCCUCAUCGCCCUCCUAACCGCCUCUCCCGUAACCACCAUCUCCGAGACUCUCGACCUCCUCUCCCACUCCUCCGCAACCUUGCGCUCCUCCAUCCCCAACUGGAUCGCCCUCUCCGCCGGCACCGACCUCUUCCAACGCUACCUGAUCCAAACCCUCAACCGACCGGGCGCCCUUGGCAGCGGCGGCGACUUCGGCUAUCUACGCCAACACCUCCUCAGCAAUGGGCGACUGUUCGUGCAGCGGGCAAAGAAAGCGCGAGCAAAAAUAGCAGAUGAAGGCCGCCUUUUCAUCCACGAGGGCUCUACGAUCCUCACCAACGGCGGCAGCCGGGUGGUAAGCGCCCUCCUCCUGCGCGCAGCCGAAUCGCAGCCCAGCGGACCUCGAUUUCGCGUCAUCUACGUCUUGCCUUUCGUCUCCUCUUCGAAGACGCUCGGCAAAGCGGAAGGAGAAGGACACCCGACCAUCACACUCCUCCGAUCCCACUCCAUCCCCGUCGCCUGCAUUCCCUACGCCGCGCUCGCAACCGCCCUCCCGCUGAUCGACCUGGUCCUCGUCGGCGCCGAAGGCGUCGUGGAGAACGGCGGCAUCAUCUCCCGCCUCGGCACCCAUCAGAUCGGUCUCCUGGCCCGCUCAGCGGGCAAACCAAUGUACGUCGCCGCCGAGAGCUACAAGUUCGUCCGUCUAUACCCGCUGGGGAUGGGUGACUUGCCGGUGCGGCAAAACAUCAUCAAUUUUGAGCCUGUGGACGAGGAAGAGGAGGAAGAAGUAUGGGCGGUGAUCGAUGGGAAGGAGGAGAAGAAUGACGGAGCGGAGAAUGACGAAUCAGAUGCUGACGCAAUGGGAAAGCGCAGGCAGGGUAAAGAGAUCACGAGCCUAGAAGACGCAGUGGACUUCACGCCGCCGAAUCUCAUCUCGGCCCUCAUCACCGAGAACGGGGUCUUGACGCCUAGUGCGGUGAGCGAGGAGCUGAUCAAGCUUUGGUUCUGA